GGUUAAACUACUGUAGAGUGAGGGCAGCCAGGCUGGACAAGGUUUCUGCACAAACAAAACAUUUGCAAACGCGGAAUGGCUUAAAAGAUAAACUGGUUAAAAAUGGCAAGCUCUGACAGCGAAGUGAAAACGUUACUUAACUUUGUGAAUUUGGCCUCAAGCGACAUCAAGGCGGCCCUGGACAAAUCAGCCCCCUGUAGACGCUCCGUGGACCAUAGGAAGUACCUUCAAAAGCAGCUAAAGCGUUUCUCGCAGAAGUGCCCGAGGACGCCUCGCUGCCACACAUACAGAAUCAGCGAGUCCGGUGCUGCUAAACUUCCUGAGGACAAGCGUGUUAUGUUUACGCACGAACGUGCUAAAAACCUUUUGAACGAAAAGCUAAAUACACAUACAUGUGGAGAAGAGAACGUGGGUGGAAACCCGUACAGUGAAAACCGGAGCGCACCGGGCCACAUUCCCAUGCGCAAACGCCAGCUCCCGGCUUCCUUCUGGGAAGAACCGCGCUCCUCUCACAUCAGUUUUGAAUAUGCGUGGAAAAGCCACACGAGCGGGACUGUAGGGUACGGAUCUGCCGAGACUGAUGGACAGAAAAGGACCAGGAUUGAAGAUGAACUGAAAGCGAACUCGUGGCUGCGCGUUCGGCGAGGAUCUUUAGACCUGGAGCCUCUUAAGGUGGAUCUGACUUCCACCAACGUGGCUGUGUGCGCUUACUGUCCGCUUCAGUGCCAUGGACACCGUCUUCUCCACGGCCACCUUAUAACGCCACACAGCGCAUUUACCGAACCCGGGCUCAGGGCUAAAACACCCACGAAUGAACUGGACACGCAAAAAAUGAAGGAUGGACUGAAAUACCGUUCACCGCACGUCGUAGUCAAGCCAAUUCCAACCAAACCGGUCUCUUCGUCUAUUUUCAGUGUCUUCGGUUUUAUUUAGGGGUCUGCGGGUUUGCCUGAACAUAACUGUCAUUGAUACAAAUGACGAAGAUCACGAACUGUAAAUAUUUGGCCAUUUAAAGAUUUGAGUCUGUAUUCAUUGUCUUAAUAUGUAAAUAUUGACGACAUUUAGAAGCCUUAGGCCUGUCAAUGUCUUAAUGAAGCACUUAAAGGGCCAAUAAAAUGUAGCAUGCUCAGAAAAAAAGCUAUACUCUUAUGCCACUGAGGCUGGGUUUAGUCUAGUGUUUACCAAGAUUGUUUUAGAAACUUUAACACUUCAUAGAUUAUUAACCUUGUUGGAAUAGUAGUUAAAAUACACGUUAUUUUGGAUUAAAGUAAUGUAAUGUUAUUUAUGUAAAAUAAUGCUAAUGUGUGUUCUGUACAGGAAAUGGGACAUUUAAUAACAAACACUUUUUAUAGGGUUUGGAUUGAAAACAAAACAAAACUGGGUAAUACAUGUAAACUUUGAAUUAUUCAUCAUGGAUAGAAUGCACUACCAGCUACCUCAAAUGAUUCAGUUUCAA